UGGAAGACCCUUACAAUCAUUUCUCUUCAUGGGACUUCGCCAAUCUUCAUCUGUAGGUUUGCGGGAGUCGACUGCUGGAAGCCUGAGGAGAGCAGAGUCUUAAAUCUAGCACUCUCUAACAUGGGGCUCAAGGGCCAGUUCCCUCCUGGCAUCGAAAACUGCACAAGCUUAAAUGGUUUGGACCUUUCAAGAAAUGAGCUUCAGGGACCGAUUCCAUCUGACAUCUCUAAAGGGCUACCAUACAUCACUAACCUUGACCUAUCCUUCAACAACUUUUCUGGUGAAAUCCCAUCAAGUAUUGCCAAUUUAUCUUUCUUAAAUGUUCUAAAACUAGACCAUAACCAACUAAUAGGAAAUAUCCCACCAAAAAUUGGCCUUCUCCAUCGACUUAGGAACUUCAGUGUGGCGGACAAUCUGUUGUCAGGUCCAGUGCCAGAAUUUGUUAAAGCAAAUUCUGCAUGUGGUGUUUUUUGCCCAAUUGGUGGUUUUUCUUCAUCCACAAAUGUGAAUUAUGCAAACAACCCUGGCCUAUGUGGAGGGCCUUUAGAUCCUUGCAAAGGGCAUAGCAACGAAUUUUAUUCUUCUUUCAGAACUGGGUUUGCAGCUGGUUAUACGGUUUUUUCUGUUUCAGUCAUUGUUGGUUUUGUGUCCUGCUGUGUGCCAUGGGUGCAUGUCAAAAAAAUAAAUAAGAAGAUUACGAUACAAACGAUGGUAAUGCUGGUUUUGAGAAAGAACAGGAAAGAAGCUGAUAAUUUAAGUGCUUCGCCAUCGGUUGAGAACGUAUAUGGAGGAGGCAAAGAGAUUUCUAUGUUGGAGAAGAAGGUUCCAAGAAUGAGCUAUACAGAUCUUAAAGAUGCAACAAAUAAUUUCAGCGAAAACAAUGUCAUCGGGCAGGGGAAGAUUGGGAUGCUGUACAAAGCAGCGUUGCCUAGUGGUUAUCUCUUUGCAGUGAAGAAAUUACACAACUGUCGAAUCCUCGAGGAGCAAUUCGUGUUAGAAUUGAAGACACUUGGUUCAUUGAGGCAUGUCAACUUACUUCAACUUUUGGGAUUUUCAAUCACAUCAAAAAAUUGGCUUCUGGUUUACAAAUACAUGCCAAAUGGUAACCUUUAUGAUUGGCUACAUCCAAUGGAAGGCCAGGCAAAGAUCAUGGAAUGGACUGUGAGGUUUAAAGUUGCAAUCGGGUUAGCAAGAGGCUUGGCAUGGCUCCAUCAGGACUGCAGUAGUACUAUCCGAGUUUUCCAUCUUAACAUAAGCUCAAAGUGCAUCUUACUUGAUCAGGAUUUCGAGCCAAAGUUGUCGAAUUUUGGGGAGGCGAUAAUCGUAAAUCCAACUAACACUUCCUCCGUGAAUGGUGAGUUUUGGGAUACAGCAUUUGCUAGGGAGGAUGUGUAUGGAUUUGUAGUUGUGCUCCUUGAGCUGAUUACAGGGGUGGAUUCUAGCAGAAUGACUGGUUCCUCGAACAGUCUUCGUAAUGAAUGGAUUAGUCAUCUUUUGACUAGUUCUAAGAUUUAUGAUGCCAUUCAUAAGUCUCUGGUUGGGCAAGGAUUUGAUGAUGAGAUAUUUCAGCUGCUUAAAGUUGCAUGCCAAUGUGUUGAUUCCAUUCCAGAUCGAAGACCAACAAUGCAUCAAGUGUACAAAGACAUAAGAGCAAUGAGGGAGAGAUGUCGCCAAAUUGAUGAUUCAGAGAUUCUAGUGCAGCAGCAUGAAAUUUACCCUCCCAGCUCAAAGGGCAAAUCUGUUGAGAUUGAAAUGGCAUAGAGUCAAUGGAAACAGGAAAAACAGGACAAAUUUAGGCAACUCUAUCAUGUUUUGGUAUAAUAAACAAGUAUGUAAGAAGCAAUGGUGCUGUUUGAGAACAAGCUUCAACUAUCUAUCCAAAUUCAAGGUACUGCAAAUGUGACUACAAAUAUUUCAAACUAGUCUCUUUUCUGGGGACUUGAAAAAAACCUCGGGAUACAGCUUAAAGUAUUGUAAACAACUACGUCCAAAUUGUCCCAAAAGUCUUGAAUAUUUUCUAUUGCUUUGGACUACAUAUUGUGUAUUCAAUUGACUCUUAAACAAGGGCAUAUUGCAACCUUGUAGACCA